AACGGGAGAGUAGGCUUUUUUUUCCGGUAGCCUAAUUUGACCGCAAGGAAGCAACCACGCACUUGCUCCCGUUACCUUUCCAGGCACCUCUCUCGGUGCGGUCGCCUACUCGCUAGUCGCUCCCUUCUCGCUCUCCGAUCCAGCGAUCCACUGCUAACCCUAUUCCAUCUGAAGUUUUUGGAGUUUUGAUCGAUUGAAAGACGGAAUUUUGAUUGAUCUGCGCUUGACGUAUGGAAGCUCUGAAUUCUGCGGUUGCUCAAACCAACAUCCUAGAACUUAGGAAUCGGAGCAGUGUUUCUAAACAUUUGCUCAGGAGAAGUACUUCGUUAUCAUGUGCCAAGUUCACUUCUAAUUUCCCUAACUAUGGUCUUCAGAAAAUUGUCAAGAAACACAACCAUGCCGGAAGUAUAAAAUGUUCCACUGAGGCAUAUCUUCAUGAUCUGAAUUUCCCCAAACUUGCUUCAAGUACUGCUGAAGAAAAGGUCGGUGUGUUACUGUUGAACCUUGGUGGUCCAGAGACUCUUAAUGAUGUUCAACCAUUCCUGUAUAAUUUAUUUGCUGAUCCAGAUAUAAUACGACUUCCUAGGUUAUUUCGGUUUCUCCAACGACCUCUGGCCAAGCUGAUUUCAGUUGUCAGAGCUCCAAAAAGUAAGGAGGGUUAUGCUGCUAUUGGUGGUGGGUCACCUUUAAGGAGGAUAACUGAUGAGCAGGCAGAAGCACUAAAAUUGGCUCUCAAAGACAAGAAUCUGAAUGCCAAUGUGUACGUUGGCAUGAGAUACUGGAAGCCUUUUACUGAGGAAGCUCUUCAUCAGAUAAAGAAGGACAGGAUAACAAAGCUUGUUGUACUUCCUCUUUACCCUCAGUUCUCCAUAUCUACUAGUGGCUCUAGCAUCCGCGUACUACAGAGCAUUAUCAGGGAAGAUGAUUAUUUUUCAAGACUACCAAUAUCUAUUAUCGAAUCAUGGUAUCAACGUGAAGGUUACAUCAAGUCAAUGUCUGAAUUGAUAGAAAUUGAACUGCAGAAGUUUACUAAGCCUGAAGAGGUCAUGAUAUUCUUCAGUGCACAUGGAGUUCCACUCAGUUAUGUCAAGGAUGCAGGUGAUCCAUACAGGGAUCAGAUGGAGGAUUGUAUCACCUUGAUCAUGGCCGAAUUAAAAUCACGAGGAAUCAACAAUACACACACUCUAGCUUAUCAGAGUCGAGUUGGUCCUGUUCAGUGGUUAAAACCAUAUACCGAUGAGGUCAUAGUCGAGCUUGGUCAGAAAGGUGUAAAGAGCCUUCUUGCAAUCCCUAUAAGCUUUGUCAGUGAGCAUAUUGAAACUCUUGAAGAGAUUGACAUGGAGUACAAACACUUAGCUCUCGAAUCAGGCAUUGAGAACUGGGGCAGAGUGCCAGCUCUGGGUUGCACCUCUUCCUUCAUCUCUGAUCUUGCAGAUGCUGUUGUUGAAGCUCUUCCUUCUGCUUCAAUCUUGGAUGCAAAGAAUAGUUCCGCUCCAACCGAGACUGAGAUAGAUCCUCUGCAAUAUGCGAUCAGCUUUCUUUUUGGCUCAUUCUUUGCACUUUUUUUGUUGUUGUCUCCUAGGGUCCUUUCUGCAUUUAGGAAUUCCCUCUUCUAAUGCACCAUUUUUGGCCAAAUAUACACCAAGGAUUCUGUUGAACCCCCCAAGUCGUCACUGAAAAUGAUGGCUUCAAAGCACAUGGUUUGAUCGUCCUCAAAUAUUAUUAGCAUGCAUAAAGUCUAGCAUUAGAUUCAUGUAACUGCCUUGAACUCGUAACACAACUCGAUAUGAUUCUAUACCUGUCAGAGCUCACAAAAUUUAGUAUCUACAUCAAAAUGAUUUUCUACAUCAGUCACUGUGAUCAUGUGAUCAGAUACCUUCGUUGAGCUAUGAUUGUCCUUCAAAAUAAUGUUGGAUACCAUUUGUUGGGAUUAAAAUUGUAUUUUUUUGAUCAAAUUUAAAAUAUUUAGAUCAAAAUUAUUACAUCUUUUUAUUAAGAAAUACAAUAGAAUGUAUUUUUUUCUCUAUAUUGUUAUAAAUAUAGCGUCUUUUAUCCAUA